ACAACGGGCCAGUAACACAUCUAUAAAGCAAUGGUUUACGGCACAAUGUCCUUAUUUUUGUGUCUUUGCUCCGAGUCACAACCUCUUUCAUUCACGACCUCUUUCAUUAGAAACGGAUACACGAAAUGAUUCCGUCAUUCUUUUGUCUCUGUCUUCUCGGCACCGUGGGUUUCUACAACACUGAAGGAGCGCCAUGUUUACCGUGUCCUGCGGGGAAAUACUGCCCAGGACAGGUUGUGCCUCUGUGUCCUGCAGGACACUACUGCCCAAGUGGAUCAACUAGUCCUGUUCCAUGUCCAGCUGGCACCUACGGCAACACUGAAGGCAUUUCAACCGUCUCAGGCUGUGUAGUCUGUCCUCCCGGGAUGUACUGCUCCAGCCCUGGUAGCACCGCCCCAACUGGAUCAUGUAGUGCUGGCUAUUACUGCCGCGGCGCGACUUCCCCCACUCCUGUUGAUGGGGUGACGGGAGGAAUCUGUCCAGCUGCACACUACUGCCCAACAGGGACAUCCGACCCAAUUCCAUGUACAGCUGGUCGCUACUGUCCAAUCGGGUCGGCGCGUCCUACCCCCUGCCCAGCGACAGGCUGCAACACCAUUACUACAGGCUAAACCAAGGGAUUUAACCCGUACUGGAUGAACACUUACAUAUCUAUACUAACAGUUCUUGUAUCACGCUAUUUUAUUACACUUAAUAGCCGAAUAAUAUAGGGAAGUCAAGUUAUCUCCAAGGACUCUUCAAAAGACACAACGAAUCUUGGCCGUUUUUGCAGUAUAAAAAGUGUGUCACUGUGGCAAGUAGCAUCGAGCUACAACUCUCUUGACCAAGUGCGAUAAUAACCUUAGGCCUGAAGGACUCUCAAGCAACAAAUCAGGACAUAUAAACGAGGGAACAUUUACUUUCACAUCAGUCCGACAAAAACCAAAGAUUUUUAUUCUCGUUGCUUGCUACAAUUAUUUCAUCAAUACACUGUACGACGGU